AUGUUAUCGAGCUCAUCAUCGGAUCAGAACGGAACACAUGACAUGAUUUUGGAUCAAAUCCGAAAUGGGUUUCAAAUGAAACAAGAUGAACAAGUUCUUGAUUUAAUCGUGGAAUUUAUAAACACUCCCAAAUGUUCUUUGGAUCAUUUGGAAUCAUUGAUUCACUUUUUGGAAAUGAUCAUGAAGAGAGGUUUAAAGAGUGCGGUUUUAAAACAAUUUAAUUAUUGUCGGGAUGUAAAAUUAUUACGGAAAACAAAUCAUCAACAGCCUUUUCGACCAUACGAUAAACGUAGUAAUAUUUGCACAAUUUUAAUCCAAUUUUAUUUAUUACUUUUCACUUCUACGGAACCACCUUCGGAAGCUCUAAUACAUGAAUUUACAACUUUUAUUAUGGAGAGUCAGUGUAAAAAGCCAUGUCCUCUCAAAGAUCACGUUUUUGUCAACUACAUGUUAGGAUUAAUACAUUUCAAACAAAUUGACAAUGUAGUAAUAGGCAACGAUGACCAGUAUUUCGUUGUGACAGAUAGGGACUCAGAAAUUUGUCAGCAUCAUCGUCUAGCAUUAGCGUAUUUUAACAAAGCCAUAUCCAUUCAACACAAUCACGCCCCUUCUCUCUUUUAUUUGAGCCUGUUCCAUCGAAGCGGAACACCUUUCGUGAAUUAUGUAAAAUGGGAACAAUUUUUGCAAUUAUCAGCUGAUUUAGGAUUUGCUGAAGCUCAAUAUGGGGUAGCUAAAGUUUAUGAAAAGAAUAAUGCUCUGCAAAGAAGCUUUACUUUCAACCAUAUGAAAAUGGUUGUUCAUUACUACUCAUUGGCAGCAGCACAAUGCCAUGCUCCUUCAUUGUAUGAAUUGGGUAAAAUUUAUCAUGAUGGCAAAAUUCUUGGUGGCGAUAGGAUGAGGGUUGAGAAAGAUCUCUUAAAGGCAUUUCAUUAUUAUGCACAAGCUGCUGAGAUGGGUUAUGUGAAAGCUCUUGUUGAGAUGGCAUGUGCAUUUCGAGAUGGAAACCAUGAGGCCAAUAUUUCACAAAAUGUUUCUAAAGCCUUGUGGUACUUUGGGCGAGCAGCUCAGCUUGGGAAUGAGGAAUCGAGAAGGCAAUACGAAUUAUUGAAGCGUGCUAAAUUCAUGGACGGUUUUCAAACAAUUUUAUUUCAAUAUUGUGUCGGAGAAAAAGAUAAUUUCUUUGAUUUUCGUGAUGUGACAAUUGUAGUGCAUGAUAUGAUACAGGAGAACUCCUCUCCAUUGUAUUCAUUUCAGUUAUUGACCGAUGAGUUGUCCAAACUUGCAUAG